AUGAUUUCAUCGUCGAAACCAAACAACAACAGUAAGCCUCAAAAAUCCAUCUCCGAGAUGGAUGACGAUGAGUUACUUAAAUAUGGAGAGCAAAUAGAAUUAACUGAAGAGGAUUUAAAAGAACUCGGAUCCGAUAUUGAAGACGACGAAGAAUUAAAACCAUAUAUUAAAAUUAAGAGAGAGCAAAAAAGAAUGAAUCAUGCUUCAACCACUCUUGGAGAAAAUGCACAGGACACCACCACAACUCAAACACAUGACAACUCGGGGAAUAGGACAACAUCGUCAUCCAAUACCGAAAAGGUUCUACCUCCUAAUCCAUCAUUCAUUCCGACAUUAUUCCAUCCAAUGAACGCCACUACAAGAAACAAAUUCUUUCUUGCUACCAUUGCAAUGUUUACAUUACCAUUAAUUGCUUUUUAUUAUUCAUAUCAUUAUUUAUUGAAUGGCGUAAUUGUUGAGUAUUCAGCACAUAAUCGAUUAAUUUAUGGAGCAGCUGUUGCUGUUGUCAUUGUUCAAAUUGUGAUUGGUGUAUUCAUGUAUUCGUCACUCAGUGAACCAGAAGUUGAAACUGAAGAAGAGAAAAAGAGGAGAGAAAACGAACUUAAAUUGGUCCGGAAUGUGCUGUUAUCAAAAGGUGACCUUACAGAAUUUAGCACAAAGGCUAUUCUUGAAAGAAUGAAAAAGAAGAAAGAGGCUGCAACAGCACCGCAAGAAAGCUCAGAAAAACUGAAAACCGAAUAG